UGGCAGCCCCCAUUUUAGGCAACCAUAUUUUUUCUGUCUACCAAAACAGAAAUUGCGAAUAGUUUUUAUUGUUUAUUAAAUGCUGUUGUACAAAUUAAGUUUACCAUUAUUUCAGUUAAUGUUUCUGAAUGAUUAUGAAACUGUAUUGUAACUAAAUACCAUAUCAGGUUAUUCAAAGAAAUACUCAAACAAGUAUCUACAUUGCACACGCAAAUGGAGCAACAGCAACAAAAAAGCGCAGCUCACGUCUCCAAAUUGUUUGUCUGUACGGCUGUCGACUGUAAAGAUGAGAUCGAAGAGAAAUUUGAACGCUCGUUCAUUAACCUGCAGCAACAAAUUGCGGGCCUCAGUGAUAAGGAAAUGCACGACAUGCUCUCACAGUUUGUGUGCAAGGAGAAGCAGCAUGAGGAGAUUUCAAUCGGAUUUUUGUAUAUCAUAUUAACUGAUCCGGCGAUGGCGCCUAAAACAUAUCGGGAUAUAACACUUGUAUCGAGGGACGGCAUGAGCGCAAUUGUUGCAAAUCUCACAAUUUUGGUAGUUGAAAAGUAUGCAAAGCUAACGGAAACAGCACGGAGGCAACUGAUCUGGGUGCUGCGGGAAUUUGUAAAGCAUCAGGUGCUCAGUGUGGAGAAUGUUAUCUGGAAUUGUUUGCGACAAGCGGGUGGAGGAGAUGUAUCCCAUAAGAAUCUGUUUCUUGUUGAAAGCCUUUUGGAUAUAUUUAUCGAGUAUAGGGCAUGGCUGGAAACCAAUCCGUUCCUUGUACAAUCGACAGUUUACAGUUUCGUGCGCCUCAUUGAGGAUCAUGCCAAUCCUGCCUUGCUGCCACUACGCCAAAAAGAGGUCAAGUUUACUAUUUCGCUAAUACGGGAUCGUUUUCAUGAUAUUAUACCACUGGGAAGAGAUUUUGUACGGCUUUUGCAAAAUGUUGCACGCAUUCCGGAAUUUGAACUCUUAUGGCGAGAUAUCUUAUACAAUCCGAAAAGCUUACAUCCGACCUUUAAUGGAAUUUGGCAUUUACUUCAAAUACGUACCAGUCGACGGUUCCUACAAUGUCGAUUGCUUCCUGAAAUGGAACGCAAGUUACACUUUCUGGCAUCGAAUGUGAAAUUUGGUAAUCAAAAGCGCUACCAAGAUUGGUUUCAAGACAAAUAUUUUGCUACGCCGGAGUCGCACAGUUUGCGGUCAGACCUGAUUCGUUUCAUUAUUAACGUAAUUCAUCCCACAAAUGAUAUGUUAUGUUCUGACAUUAUCCCAAGAUGGGCAAUUAUUGGCUGGCUUAUAUCAUCAUGCACCAAUCCCAUAGCUUCGGCCAAUGCCAAGCUAUCGCUGUUCUACGAUUGGUUAUUUUUCGAUCCGGCAAAGGAUAACAUUAUGAAUAUAGAACCCGGCAUUUUGGUCAUGUAUCAUUCUAUACGAAAUCAUCCAUUUGUGAGCAGCACAUUGCUAGAUUUUCUGUGUCGAAUCACUAAGAAUUUCUAUGUUAAGAACGAGGAUAGAAUAAGAUUGGGCGUGUACAAUUCACUAAAAUUGAUACUCGAUAAGCAGGUCAUUCCAAACUUACAUCCGCUUUUUGAGUCGCCGAAACUCGACAGAGAACUACGUAAUUUAAUACGCGAAAACUUCAGAGAAUUUGUAUCGCCGGUUUCCAAUAUUCCACAAACCAUGUAUCCAGUGACACAUCCAAUUCAAGCACCGAUUUUUAAAAAAGAAGCCGAUCAACGGAUGAUGCCAGGUGAGAACAUUGAUGUUGGUGGUGUGGCAUUUGCAGCUGGUAGCGGCACAAUUUCACUGGUGGACGAGGACAACAAAAUUGCUAUUGCACCAGUGGAAAGCGUGGAACGUGGUGAACUUGAAUCUGUAUUCAGCGACGAAGACGGUGAAAAUAUGGGCAGAAGCAGCAAAAAUGAUGAAAACACCGAUGACGAUGAUGAUCUACCACUAUCAAAGGUGCGACUUAAAGAAAAACCAGUUCCCGAAAGAGUCGAGUUGCCCGAUGCAAUUGCCGAAUCAUUCGAGAUAUUUGUAACAAAGCGCAACUCCUUCACAUGGGAAGCAUUUUUGAAAGACUUUCGUACGCUACCUGCCUCAAACAUGGAUGAAGCGCAGCUCAAUUAUGUGAUCUCAAAUACAGUUUUGAUUCUACGCGAAACAUUGCCACAACAAAACGUAUUCUCGGAGAGCAAGACAGAGGAGAAGUUUUUAGCGAAAAGCAUUAGUUAUCCGUUAUACGGUCUAUUUCGGUUUCUUUAUGAAAACGAAGAUAAGAGCAAAAAACCAUUUCAAACCCUACUAUCUGAGAUAUGCGAACGCUUAACCGAAACCGGAUAUUUACUUCUCUAUUUUAUGAAAAUUCACUGUAAACUGCAGACACGCAAAAACGUACAGCAAGCGUAUCAGUUUAAAACGACUGUUUAUCGGCAAAUAUGUGAAGCAACAGAUGAGAAAAUUGGCAUUUGUCUUGUGCGGGAUCUUGACCUACUUGAGAAGGAGAACACUACGAUAUAUUUAUGGUUGCUGCCUGAUAUUUACAGGGAGUUUAAAACAAUUGCCAUAAAUAAUACAGAACUUUUGCGUAUCACCCUGCGAUGCAUUGACGCCAAGAAUGUGCGUGACAUUAUGUAUUCGAUUGCUCAAGGCAAGCUAACAAUAUUCAAACAAGACGGUCUAAUCGAUUGUAUUCGCGAUAGUCUGGAAUAUGAGACAUACGAACAGUUCUGUCUUUGGCAGCUCAUCCAGGCACAUGAUGUACCCCUAAAGUGCAUACAAGAUUUACUGCCGGAACUUGAAGCUGCAAAUCAUCCAGAGGCACUUAGCCAUUUGCUGCUGCUAUUGAAGAAUGAAGAGCCCACAAAUGAGAUCAUCAGACUUUUGCUCAGCAGGGAAGCCAAAUCCAGAGGAGAUCCGUUUGUCACGUCGGCUUUAAGAUUUUGGUGUCAGCGUUGCGAAGAAAAACUUUCGGAAAUCAUAGCAUCUCUGCUCACAUCCAAAUAUCCGAGCUCAUCACCCAACAAGCGAAAGCGGCCAUCCAAAGGAAGUUCCGCUGCAAGCAGUACUCCAUCUGCCGAUAAUGUAUUAAACCACCUGGAGCAUUAUAGAAGAAGCUGUAGGCAUGGAACAGGCACAGGAUUAUAUGUUCAUGAUAUGAUGCAGCGAGCACUGCAAUCAGCCUAUUCUCACAGCAAUGAGAGCACAAAGAAACAGUUCAGCGAUCUUUUCGCAUUGGCAGCGGAGGAUGAAACCACUGCCGUUGGCCGACGUGGAGGCAGUGGGCGUGGCCGCAAGCAACCAGUUAAUAAAAAGGACUCCAAUAGUCACAGUGCGGGGAAUAAGAAAAAUUCAGAUGUUGUAAAAACAAUAUACUCGUCUGAUGAGAACUCUAGCGAGGAGGAUUGGUCAAAGCAUAAAGUAACGCAGCCGGCAAAGAAGAGAAAAAAAGCAAUUAAUGAUUCCGACUGACAGUGUCCAGGUCAAAUGCAGUCCUCGGCCUUAAUCGGUUGCUUUGAUGAUAAAAAGUACAUGAGACAUGAAUAUGAGUUUUUAAACGAAAUUGCUUAAGUUCGAAAUGGUUUAAGAUUUUAUCAAUUUAUAAUUAGUAAAAUCAAUUAUAGAAUUUUUUGAAUGUUGAAAUUGUAA